UUUGGGAUUUCCCCGGCGAAUUUUCAAUUUGGUCGAGCGUGGAAGAACGAGAAUUAGUAAUAAAACUACGAAAUGAGGACCAAAGUAUGCGUCAAAUAGCAAAUACUAUUUGAAGAUCUUCUACGUUUGUUUAUCAAGUCUUAUUACCCCUUAACGGGAUUCCAAAAGAGGUUGAUGAUGAAGUUAAAUCAGAGGCACCUAAAAGCAAGAGAGGCCAAAAGAAGGAACCUGUUGAGGAGCUUGGAAAUGGUGACAUUGAGCCAACAAAGAAAACUGGUAGAGGUCGGCAGGCUAAGAAGAUGGAAGAAGAAGUGAAUGGUGAUGCACAGAAACCUGAGCCCAAGAAACCCAAGGGGAGGGCAAAAAAGGAGAAAGUGAUUGAAAAUGAUGAAGACACUGAGGAAGUUGAACCAAAGAAAACUAAAGGCAGGGCCAAGAAACAGAUUCUUCCAGAAGAAGAUGAUGCUGAAGAAAAUGAGAUUGUCAGUGAACCAAAAAAGACAAAAGGGCGCCAAAAGAAGCAACCUGUUCAAAAGAUAGUUGAAGAUGAAGAGAAGCCUAAAAAAGGUAGAGGAAGACAAAAGAAACAAACAGAAGCAGACGUUGAGGAAGACCAGGAAAUGGAUGAUGUGGAAAAGAGCGUUGAAAAAAAUGAUGUAGAAGAAAAGCCUAAAAAGGGCAGAGGUAGACAGAAGAAGCAGAAACAAACCGACGUUGAAGAUGACAUAGAGAUGGAUGGGGCCGAGAUAGUAGAAAAUGAUAAAGUGGAAGAGAAACCAAAAAAAGGUAGAGGUAGGCAGAAGAAACAGAUACAAGCCGACGUUGAAGAUGACCAAGAAUUAGAUCAACCCGAGACAGUUGAAGAUGACGUUAAGGUAGAAGAGAAACCGAAAAAAGGUAGAGGAAGACAGAAGAAACAAAAAGUGACAGAGGUGGUGGGUGAUCAAGAAGAAGAUGAGGAAGUUGAAAAGGAGAAACCUGGUACAAAGAGAGGUAGAGGCAAGCAAACGAAUCUGAAAGAAGCGAGCGAUUCAGAUGAAUCUGCAGUUUCGAAACCAAAAAGAGGCAGAAAGAAGGAAGAUGAGGUGGAAAAGACGAAGCCGAAGCCGACGUUGAUGAACAAAACCGAUACGGAUUACUCGAAUAUAGAAUUCUCGUGUACGAAAACGAGCAAGGAUGGCGAUGAAGCUAACUACGUCGUAUCUAGUUGGAACGUUGAUGGUCUGAGGGCUUGGCUGAAGAAGUCCGGAUUGACGUACAUUCAAGCCGAGAACGCGGACGUCCUGUGUUUGCAGGAAACCAAGUGCAGCCAAGAGAAACUUCCAGAGGAAAUAACCACGGUGGACGGUUACAAGAAGUACUGGGCGUCGAGUAAGAAGGACGGUUAUGCGGGCGUGGCCCUCUUCUCGAAGGUGAUGCCUAUAGAUGUGAAGUAUGGUAUUGGUAACGAAGAUCACGACGAGGAAGGUAGAUGCAUCACGGCCGAGUUCAAGAAGUUCUUCGUUAUUUCCGUGUACGUUCCGAAUGCCGGUCGAAAGUUGGUCACGUUGUCCAAACGCUUGGAAUGGAACGAUCUGUUCAUGAAGUUCGUGCAGGAUUUAGAUAAAAUCAAGCCUGUGAUUAUUUGCGGAGACAUGAACGUUGCCCACUCCGAAAUCGACUUGAGCAAUCCGAAGACGAACAAGAGGAAUGCCGGCUUCACGCAGGAGGAGAGGGAUGGUAUGUCUGAUUUCCUCGACUGCGGAUUUGUAGACACAUACCGGAAGUUGUAUCCGGACAAAGAAAAUAUGUACACUUUCUGGUCGUAUAUGAAUAACGCGAGGAGUAAGAAUGUAGGAUGGAGACUCGAUUACUUCCUUAUUUCGGAACGUCUGGCGAACUCUGUGUGUGACAACGUGAUCAGGAACACGAUCUACGGGUCAGACCACUGUCCUAUAACUCUGUUCCUCAAUAUCAAGUGAAUCCGGCCUGAUGUUAUCAUCAUCAUCCACUGCAACGAUAUUAUAUUUUCAUAAAAUUAUUAUAUAAUUAACCAUUCCGAGUACUUAUGUUACUAUUAUUUUUUUAACUUUUUUUUUUGUGUUUUAAACUAUGUUUGUU